AUGGCGCAGGUUCCAGACUGGGAGACGGGAGGGUGUGACUACCGGACCCGUCGCAAGAAAGCCACAGCGCUGGAGGUCUGGGGCGCAUUGGCGGACGGCGCCUGCUCGGGAGAGGGGAGGCGGAAGAGCUGCGGCCAGGGGCGGAGGAGCGGGACAGGUCUGAGAACGCACAUGGGCACGAAGCUCGGUGGCGUGGGCCCGUUGUCUCCCACCGCGCAACAGGCGGCCCGAGCGAAAAAAAAAAUCGCCUGCCCAGCGGGCCGACGGGCGUGCUGGCGUCUCUGGCUCGAAGUGCUCGAUCAUUUUGCAUGUUCUGAUUCGCACGCGCAGGGACGCGGCAAGUCAGCCUCGGGAUGCUGA